AUGCGCUCACUCCUACUCUCCCGUCACUGUCACUUCCCUUCCUCAUCGCGUUCUCCCCCCUUUCCCCUUGCUAGCGUGCUCGUUCCUCUCCCGUGCGCUCCCUCCACUUCCCCCGUCACUGUCCCUCCCCUUCCUUGUCACGUUCUCUCCCCUUCCCCCUCGCUAGCGUGCUCGUUCCCCUCCCAUGGGCUCCCUCCACUUCCCCCGUCACUGUCACUCCCCUACCUCGUCGCGUUCUCUCCCCUUCCCCCUCGCACUUUGCGUGCUCUUUCCCCCCCAAUGCGCUCACUCCACCUCCCCCGUCACUGUCACUCCCCUUCCUCAUCACGUUCUCUCCCCUUCCCCCUCGCUAGCACGCUCGUUCCCCUCCCGUGCGCUCCCUCCACUUCCACCACCACUGUCACUCCCCUUCCUCGUCGCGUUUUCUCCCCUUCCCCCUCGCUAGUGUGCUCGUUCCCCCCACAUGCGCUCCCUCCACUUCCCCCCCACUAUCACUCAGCUGCCUCGUCGCGCACUCUCCCAUUCCCCCUCGCUAGCUUGCUCCGUGCUCGUUCCCCUCCCGUGCGCUCCCUCCACUUCCCCCGUCUCUGUCACUCCCCGUCCUCGUCGCGUUCUCUCCCCUUCCCCCUCGUUAGCGUGCUCGUUCCCCUCCCAUGCGCCCCCUCCACUUCCCCUGUCACUGUCACUCCCCUUCCUCGUCAUGUUCUCUCCCCUUCCCCCUCGCUAGUGUGCUCGUUCCCCUCCCAUGCGCUCCCUCCACUUCUCCCGUCACUGUCACUCCCCUUCCUCGUCGUGUUCUCUCCCCUUCCCCCUCGCUACCGUGCUUGUUCCCCUCCCGUGCGCUCCCUUCACUUCCCCCGUCACUGUCACUCCCCUUCCUUGUCGCGUUCUCUCCCCUUCCCCCUCACUAGCGUGCUCGUUCCCCCCACAUGCGCUCCCUCCACUUCCCCGCCACUCUCACUCAGCUACCUCAUCGCGUACUCUCCCAUUCCUCCUCGCUAG